AUGACUCCAACUCCACGUCGACGUCAAUCGGAUUCGGUUGGCCGCGCCGCUGCUGUUGCUGCUAGUUGUAUUUCGUUGUUAUUCGUUGUAUUUGUCGAUGAGAGUGAUGAAGUCGGCCAAUUUGAGGUUGCGGCGUUCGCGUCGAUAACGAUGGCGAUGCCGAUAAGCAGAGCAAGUAGCGUAGCGAUCGCAGGUGGUCGACGAGAAGAGAGUAGAUGGGAGACGAAAUCGCCAAAUCGCCAAGUAACCAACAAGCGAGUGGGUCCAAUGAGCGAUGAUGGGCGUCGGAUUAAGAACGGGUGA